AGAGGGAAAUAUGUUUCCAGUGUCCUUAAAACUUCAGCAUGCUUAGCAAAAACUUGAGAUGUACUCGGCAGUUUAACUAAGCGCCUGCCACUCACCUCAGAGAGUCAUGUCUGUGCGCAUCGGGCUUAACUUUCCAAUUUUCAGCAUCACCGCGUCUGUGGAAGUCAGAUGGCGAAGUUUGCGUUGCGCGUCGCCGGUUUCCCUCUUUGGGAAGUUUUAGAUUUGGGAUUCGGGACACACUACGGCAUGCGGUAUUGUACAACACUGUUUCAUUAAGCCUUUGACCAGCUAUUAAGGGACAUCCUGAUAUGGAAGUAAUGCAGCAACUGUGCCAUGUGUUGAAUGCACCAAACACCACGGAGGAGAAAUGAAGUAAGCGCGAUGGAGCCGGACAAUGCCCCGAUCUCCAAACUCAAAGCAGCUGGAGUCGGGGGGAGAGCUGUGUUUCUCUUUAUGGUCCUGUACUGUACCUGCUGUCUGGGGUUUGCACAAUCACAGUCUGAAGAUGUGGAUGUCCUGCAAAGGCUGGGAUUGCUCGGCAAAAGACCUUUAUUUGGAACACGCUCCACACCUCAAGGUGUCAUAUCAUUUAAAUCCGGAGUUAUCCUAACGCAGAGGGCGCGAAUCAACGUCCCGGUAAAAUCCAUCGUACCUGCGUCGUUGGGCACGACAUUUACGCUCAUCCUCAGCGUGUGUUCUCAUCGCAUUAACAGCGCUUUUCUCUUCACCAUUGCGACGAAGAGAAAAAGACUGCAGCUGGGAGUUCAAUUCAUCCCGGGGAAAGUUUUAGUUCAUUUGGGCCAGAACACUGUAUAUUUCAGUUACGAUGUCCACAAUGGCCAGUGGCACAACAUGGCUUUGGAAAUCCAAGCCGACAGUGUUACGUUAUAUACUUCUUGCGGGAAGACGAGCAUACAUGCAAAUUUGCAUUUUAAAAACGAGGAGACGCUGGAUCCGGAGGGCUCGUUUCGUUUGGGAAAAAUGAGCCAGAACUCUGUGCAGUUCGAAGGAGCCGUAUGCCAGUUUGAUAUACAUCCUUCUGCAAAGGCAGCUCAUAAUUAUUGUAAGUACAUUAAGAAACAAUGCAGGGAUGCUGAUACCUAUCGGCCAAACCUUCCUCCACUUCUUCCGCUGUUGCCUUUGGAUCCUAACGUGUCUGUCACCAUUCCGACACCGAUCGUCAGAUCAAACCCACUCGACAGACACUUUAGCCCUAGUUUACAAAUCAGUCAUGAAACUUCGCAAGGCCCAAACACAUCCGCUUUAACAUCAUCCGACCCUGUUACUGUCCUGUCUGUACCCAACACAGUGCCACCAACGUUAGCCCAGCCCACACUGCAGGCCAUGGCAUUAACUGUCACGGCCACCCUUGCAAGUGAAACAACACCAAAGCAAACUCAACAAAGCAGAUCUAAAAAGAACCUCCUGAGGCCGACUAUAAAUGAGAAAGUGUUACAACACAAUGCAACGGAUGUUACCAUCAAACCAACCAGGAAUAAAAUGGAUUUCCCGACUUCUGCAGGAACGAAACCUGAACAUUUAAGCACAUUUAGGACGUCGGACGUGACAACACUUCCAUCACAGAGAUCGCCACCGCAGGUGACCUUCCCCGAAGCCAGACCCACGUCUUUCACUCCUGUCACCCCUGCAGCUACAGACGGUCUCCAAACCUUUGACCUGGAACCAACCGAGUACUCCCUCUUGGCUGGGGCACCUGGGGCACCUGGUCUCAAAGGAGAACCUGGACCUCCGGGACCUCCAGGGCCUCCUGGCAAGCCCGGAUUACAUGGGAAAAGAGGGCCCAGGGGUCCUCCUGGUCCACAUGGAAAACCAGGACUUCCAGGCCCUCCCGGACCGAAGGGAAAAAAGGGAGACCUGGGAAUUUCACCGGGCAGAACGCCAAGUGGAAUAAAAGGGGACCCUGGAAUAUUAGGACUACCUGGACUUAUUGGUCAAGCUGGUCGGAAGGGACAAAAAGGCCACCCUGGUCCACCUGGCCACCCAGGAGAUCAAGGAGAAAGAGGACCUGAUGGAAGCCCGGGUGCCAAAGGUUAUCCUGGCAGGCAGGGUUUGCCAGGACCUAUAGGAAACGUGGGACCGAAGGGAGCACAGGGCUUCAUUGGAAUGUCGGGCGUCUUCGGUCUCCCCGGUCCUGAUGGAGAAAGAGGUUUACCUGGCGUUCCUGGGAAGAAGGGCAAGAUGGGUAGGCCGGGCUUUCCGGGUGAUUUGGGGGAACGAGGACCACCGGGACCCGACGGAAACCCCGGCGAGAUGGGGUCUCCAGGUCCAGUUGGCAUCCCAGGCCUUAUUGGUGACAUGGGCUCUUCUGGAAUUGUGGGUCUUCCUGGAACAGUGGGACUGAAGGGCGUGCCAGGAAACCCAGGGGAACCAGGACUGAAAGGUGAUAAGGGUGAAGUCGGGUUGCCAGGCCAACUAGGAGAACCUGGAUUUCAAGGUGACAAGGGCAUUCUAGGUUUACCCGGUUCACCAGGUAUUCAAGGGAAGCCAGGGCCACAGGGGAAGCGUGGUGAUCCCGGGCCGGCUGGUUUGCAAGGUCCACCUGGUCCUGAGGGUUUUCCAGGAGAUAUUGGAGCACCAGGACUGAACGGUGUCGAGGGCCUUAAGGGGACAGCAGGAGCGAGAGGGAUUCCAGGUCCUAGAGGAGUUUCUGGCCCGGAGGGCGAUCAGGGCCCAACCGGACCAGCCGGACCUCCGGGACUGGAGGGCAGACCGGGGAGGAAAGGUUUCCCUGGGAGUCCAGGGGAAGAUGGAAUGAAGGGUGAGCCCGGGACUACUGGAGGGGCUGGGAUGCUUGGUGAGAGGGGCCUUUUCGGAUUCAUUGGGCCUGUUGGAGAGACGGGGCUUGCUGGAGAAAAGGGGGAUCGUGGUGAGAUUGGGCUUCCAGGGCCACCUGGAGAAAAUGGCUCAAUGGGACACCCAGGGGUUCCAGGUGAAAGAGGACCAUCUGGACCACCAGGUACACCAGGGCCUCCCGGUUCCAGGGGACUCGAUGGCACCAGGGGACCCAAAGGCCAAAGGGGUGCAAGAGGACCAGAUGGAGCAGUUGGCGAAAAAGGGUUGAUGGGAAUCCAGGGUCCCGAUGGGCCACCAGGAAGAGAGGGUUUCCCUGGACCGAUGGGUAAAAUUGGUGAGACUGGUGAAGCUGGACCCAACGGAUUUCCAGGUGUUCAAGGACCAACUGGGACUCCCGGAGCAAAGGGGAUUUUAGGUGAACCUGGUCUGUCAGGGCCUCCUGGAAUAUCAGGUCCAUUGGGUGAGCUUGGAGCAGUGGGUCUGCCGGGAAAGGUUGGGGAGCAGGGCUUACCAGGUGAACCAGGAGAGAAGGGUGCGAUUGGAUCUCCUGGGAAUAUGGGAGAACAAGGUCUUGUUGGACCUAGAGGAGACCCUGGUCUUGAUGGGGAGGCUGGUCCGAGCGGUCCUGAUGGUGCCAAGGGUGAAAAGGGCGAUAUCGGAAUGGAGGGUGAAACGGGUGAAAGGGGAACCAUCGGAUUUAAAGGAGAGGAAGGACGUCCUGGAGAUCCUGGCUUGACGGGCUUCAAGGGCCCUGAGGGCAAACUUGGAAAAAUUGGCGAGAGGGGAAAACCAGGCGAGAAGGGCAGCAAAGGUCAUCAAGGUCACCUUGGCGAGACUGGACCAAUUGGAGCGCAGGGCGUUGCGGGCUUCAUCGGGCCAAAAGGAAGCAGAGGAACAACUGGAUUCAUGGGUGCUCCUGGGAAAAUGGGUCUGCCGGGAGAACCGGGUUUAGUGGGAUAUGAAGGUCACCAAGGAACACAAGGUCCGUUGGGAUCCCCAGGACCGAAAGGUGAAAAGGGUGAGCAAGGAGAUGACGGGAAGAUUGAAGGUCCACCUGGUCCACCAGGUGACAUCGGGCCUGUCGGCAACAGAGGAGACCGAGGAGAACCGGGUGACCCUGGAUACCCAGGUCAUGAAGGUGUGCCAGGUGAAAGAGGAAAACAGGGUGCUCCUGGACUUCCUGGACAUAUUGGACCCAAAGGUUUCUCAGGCCCCAAGGGAUCCAAAGGCAAUAAAGGUCCAAAAGGCAAAAACGGUCUUCGUGGUACAUCUGGGGGUCGAGGGUCACCUGGUACCUUUGGUCUUCCUGGCCCUAGAGGAGUAAUUGGUCGCGAGGGUCUUGAGGGCAAUCCUGGGAUAGAUGGACCUCCAGGGAAAGAUGGUGCUAAAGGAAUGCCAGGUGAGCACGGAACCGAUGCCGAAGUUGGAAUGCCAGGAAAACCAGGUCCUCGAGGUGAAACAGGUGCGCAAGGUUUGCCAGGAAUUCAAGGAUCUUUUGGGCCAAAGGGUGAAAGGGGCCUUCCUGGCCAAAUCGGACCUCCAGGCAAGAGAGGAUUUAAUGGAGGGAUGGGAUUUCCUGGACAACGAGGUGAACGAGGGGUCAAAGGGCAACCUGGUGAUGCUGGUGAACGAGGGCUUCCUGGAGUUUUUGGAAUGUUUGGACCAAAGGGUCCACCAGGAGACCUUGGGCCAGUGGGCAUCCAGGGCCCGAAGGGUCCUCAGGGUUUAAUGGGUAUGCAAGGAGCCAUCGGACCCGUCGGGAUCAUUGGGCCUAGCGGUAAUCAUGGGCCGCAAGGAGACAAAGGAAGUAAAGGGGAAAUGGGUGCUCAGGGACCAAGGGGACCUCCAGGUCCUCGCGGACCACCUGGACCUCCAGGUCCUCCUGGUGUAUCUCUUGCUCUUGAAAACGAGGCGCUUGGUGCUGCUUUGCAUCUUAUUGUUGAUUCCCGCUCAGCAUUUAGGUCUGAGUUUUAUCAAGACACGGACCUUCCCAUGUUGGACCAGGGAGCCGAGAUCCUUAAGACCCUGCACUACCUCAGUACCCUCAUCCACAGCAUCAAGAACCCGUUGGGAACGCAGGAGAAUCCGGCCAGGGUGUGUCGAGAUCUGUUCGAUUGCGAGCAAAGGUUGAAUGACGGUUCUUAUUGGAUCGAUCCUAAUCUGGGCUGUUCCUCUGAUAAUAUUGAGGUGACCUGUAACUUCACCAGUGGAGGACAGACCUGUCUUAAACCAGUAGCUGUUUCCAAGUUGGAGAUGGGCGUGAGUCUGAUCCAGAUGAACUUCAUCCAUCUCCUGAGCUCUGAAGCCGUACAGAUGAUCACCAUACACUGCCUGAACGUCCCCGUUUGGGCAUCAGGGGAUUCCAACACCCCCUCCUCCAGUGCAGUGUAUUUUAAAGCCUGGAACGGACAGAUCAUCGAGUCGGGGGGCUUCAUCGAGCCCGAGCCGAUAAAGGAUGAGUGUUGGAUCACAGAUGGCCGAUGGCAUCAGACACAGUUUGUUUUCCGGACGCAGGACCCGAACCUGCUGCCCAUUGUGGAGGUCUACAACCUGCCCGGCACUAAACCCGGCUCACAUUACCACCUGGAGGUGGGACCGGUGUGCUUUUUAUAACAAAGCAACAAUGGAAUCCCUAAAUACACCUUCAAUUGAUUUUGGGGAAUUACAGAGGCACUCUUUAUGCGAGGCCCAUGACAUUGGCAUAGAUUAUAAAUGAACUCUCUUCUCAAGCCUAGACUGCAGACGUUAUACACGAGAAAUCUGGAUCUGCUUUGGAGAAAAUAAGACUCCUGCUAGCGGCUCUGGAGGACAGAUGCUCUGUUCCUUUUUAUUAAAAAACAAGGCCUGGAUGUUUGUUUAGAUGUGCUUAUAAAACGUUUUUUGGGACUGUUAGAAGUCUUAAUUUAUUCAUAUAGUUGUUUUCUUGUUCCCCUGAUUCAUGUGGGGAAACUAAACGGAACAAUGAGGACGUUUAUUUGUGUCAAAGUACUUAUUUUAUAUGUUAUACAUGAUCAUGUGUAUUUAUACGUGUGCAAAUGUACAUUUUCUGUAAAGUGCAAUAGGGAAUGAAGAAUUGUUUUUAAGAUGAAUCUUUUAUUUGGCUGUCAUGUGUCAGUAAGGUUUAGGUUUGAAACAAGAAACAUACUUCACCCAAGUAUGUGAACACAAACGCUUGAUUCGUACCCAAAGGUGUUGGGUACUUUCUCAACAUUACCACAAAGGGGCGCUAUUUUUCAGGUUAAAGACUUUCAUAGCAGAGCUGCAUUUAAAGGAAAAGUUCACCUCAAAAUCUAAAUUGUGUUAUUUUUUACUCACCCA